GUAAAUACAGUAGGAGAGUGUGAAAAUUCCUGACAUAGUAUUCCUCUGUUUUUUCCCUAAACCCAUUUAAUGUGGCGGUUUGUUAUUUGGGAUAUAAAGCAUCUAACUUUCUUAGGUUUUAGGAUAAAAAAAACCAUCAACUUUUUUACUGUUCUCAUCUUCUUCUUUGUUCUACACAAAAAAAAAAAAAAAUGAAGAAAAUGGUGGCGACGAUUAGUGUGUAUUGUAAGGAAUCAACGGAGAAAGUGAUGCGUACUGUUGCUACCUGCUCAGGAAUUACUAGUAUAACCUUUGAUCCGAAGGAAGGAAAACUAACGGUGACCGGGGAGUGCUUUGACGAGUUGCAAGUUAUGAAAAAACUUAAACGGAAAUGGGACAGUGCAAAAAUGGUGAGUUUUGGCCCGUUCGAUGCUAAGAAAGAAGCUGAAGCGGCUGAGAAGAAGAAGAAGGAAGAGAGUGAACGUCAAAGAAUGGAAGCUCUAUAUCAGUCUCACCGGGAAACACCUCUCUGUCCGCCGAUUCACCAUCAUCACAACACUAUCGUGUGUGAUCAUGAUCACCAAGGCUGUGUGAUCUCUUAAGGGAAAUGGUACUUUCUGAUGUCGUAGUCUCUGUUUAUACUUUACUAUCGUUCUAAUUGACGAGAUUUUAGUUGUGUUAACUCAAGGAUUUAUAGUUACCUGCUAUAUCUACAUCACUUAAGUUUGUAUUUCAAAACCAACGAUGUCUCUGAUUUUAAUUUUAAAAUUUAGAUAUAGAUAAGAAAAGCAACAACAACACAACUGUAAUG